ACCCCUCGCGGGGAAGAGGUGGGAGGGGACGGUGGAGAGGGUUAAGUGAGGUAGCAGUUCCCUUGCCGCGGCCUGUGGACGGUCCGCGUCUGGCGGGCACUGUGGUUGCCCUGGGGCGGCUUUCGCCACUGUUCCCUUAUCUCUGGGCGUAGGGAGUGAGGGAAGGAAGGAGCCUGAAGUGAUUCCGGGAUCCACAAACCCCUCACACCCCUGGAAGCCGUGGAGGGAAGAGUGAAACAAUUCCCCCCUCCCUCCUGAGGCGUCCCGGUGCUGUGGCAGGCUGGCCCGCAGAUUCAGAGAAUAAAAAUGGGAACUCCUGGAUCAGGACGGAAGAGAACUCCAGUGAAAGACAGAUUUUCUGCAGAAGAUGAAGCUCUAAGCAGCAUUGCCAGAGAGGCAGAAGCCAGACUUGCAGCAAAACGGGCAGCUCGAGCAGAAGCAAGAGAUAUACGUAUGAGAGAGCUGGAACGACAGCAAAAAGAGUUUUCUCAGCAUUCAUAUGAUAGAAAAUGGGCUCAUAUCCAGAAAUGGAUGGAAGAUGCAGAGAGGGCCAGAUACUCUCACCAGUCCAGUCGACAUUCACAUUUGUCCUCUGAUUUUUCUGAUCAAAGUGAAACUACUGCUGACUAUUUUAGUCGUUCCUGCCGCAGGGGAAGCAUUGUUUCCGAUGCAGAUGAUGGCCAAGUUUUGAAUAGUCUGGAAGAAAAGAGUGAAAAAUCACAUUCAGAAAUAUUUUCAAGGCCCUCAUCUCGCAAUUCAGUAAGCGCAACUCCUCUAAGUGGCAGCUCGUCUAGGAGAGGAAGUGGAGAUGCAAGCAGUUUGGUGGAUCCUGAUGCCUCCCUCAGUGAAUUACGGGAUAUCUAUGAUCUUAAGGACCAGAUACAUGAUGUAGAAGGGAGAUACAUGCAGGGACUUAAAGAAUUGAAGGAUUCACUAGCUGAAGUUGAAGAGAAGUACAAGAAAGCUAUGGUUUCCAAUGCUCAACUAGACAAUGAGAAAAACAACUUGAUUUAUCAAGUGGAUACUUUAAAGGACGUUAUUGAGGAGAAAGAAGAACAGAUAGCAGAGUUCUAUAGGGAGAAUGAAGAGAAGUCAAAGGAAUUGGAAAGACAGAAACACACCUGCAGUGUUCUGCAGCAUAAGCUGGAUGAACUUAAAGAGGGCCUUCGGCAGAGGGAUGAAUUGAUAGAGAAACAUGGAUUAGUUAUAAUUCCGGAUGGCACACCAAAUGGUGAUGUAAACCAUGAAUCAGUGGUUGGUACAAUAACAGUUGUAUCACAGGAAGCUGCUCAGGUCUUGGAAUCUGCAGGAGAAGGACCACUAGAUAUCAGGCUACGAAAACUGGCUGGAGAAAAGGAGGAAUUACUGUCCCAGGUUAGAAAAUUGAAGAUGCAGUUAGAAGAAGAACGACAGAAAUACUCUAAAAGUGAUGGCAUGAAUCCAGAUAUAAUAGGCUUGGAGAAUGGCUCUGACUUGCAGCUAAUUGAAAUGCAAAGAGAUGCCAACAGACAAAUUAGUGAAUACAAAUUUAAGCUUUCAAAAGCUGAGCAAGACAUAACUACUUUGGAACAAAAUAUUGGACGGCUUGAGGGACAGGUUGCAAGGUAUAAAAAUGCAGCAGAAAAUGCAGAAAAAGUAGAAGAUGAACUCAAAGCUGAAAAAAGGAAACUUCAGCGAGAGCUAAGAACAGCACUGGAUAAGAUAGAAGAGAUGGAGAUGACCAAUAGCCAUUUAAUGAAAAGGCUGGAGAAGAUGAAGGCAAAUAGGACUGCGCUUUUAUCUCAACAGUGAAAUGGGAAUUGAAAAUACAAUGCACUGCUCCUUGAAUAACUAGUCCCUAGCUUGUUUAUACAUACAGACUUUCAGUGGCACAAACUAUUUGAACACUGAGCUGUUCACUGGUGGUUUAGUUUCAUAAUUAAAUGACAUACUUUUUGUAAUUUAUGAGAGAAUGAAAUGUAGUUUGAAUUCCCAUGUGAAUGACAGCAAUUUUUCAGUAGUGUUUGAUUCUAGAGUCAAAGGUGGAGCACAAUGCUGUAUGUUUUUACAACUAUGGAAUCAAGUUUACUCACGAUCUCUUUUGGCUGCUUUAAUGAUGCUUGAUGCUCAGAGACAGCUGCAUGAAUUCAAGACACUGUAUUAUGAAACUAACAUAUACUUGCUUAAGACAUCACACAGCACAAGUGCCUUUUAUCUGGUGCAAUUUAGUCUUCAUUGUUGAAAUAACCUUUGAAACCAGAAAGCAUUUUAUUUUAAGAUACAUUUGGGGUAUUCCCUAAACUUUAUACAUUUUGAAAAUACAUUUUUUAAAAUAUUUAAAUUUAUAAGAAAAAAUAGGGACUGUAUAUAAAGAUCUGCUUCUUUUGCAUGGGCACAUCUGACUUCUGUGUAAUUUUGUCAAUACUAGCCCCUGAUACUCUUAGCAUUAAGAGUGCAGUUAAAAACUGAAGUUGUACGGCAUCAAAUUGUGUCAUCUGCUUAAGUGCAAAUUGAAAUUUUAUGGGGGGAGGAAAAGGGUGAGAAAUGUGGCUAAGGAGUUUAUUAAAUGGACACUUUACUGACCAAAA